AUGACCCAGAUCGACAGACCCACUUCUGCUGCUGGUAACAUUAGCUCCCCGACACUGCUACAACGUCAAGAUGUGAGAGCUGCUCUACCUCCUGCACGACAGCAGUUUUCUUCGGAUCUCAGCUUUACUGUUCCUCAAGAUGAACGAGCUCAAGAUCCGUUGGAGAGAUACAAGGGUUGUCCUGUGUUCAAGUGGGGCCCGAGUGGCUCUUUAGUAAGCACUUUCCCUAAGCAAGCCCCUUUCUACGCUGCCGGUCAUGCAAUCCCGACUAUCAAAUGUACACCCGGCGAGAUUACUAUCCAUGAUACGAAGGUGACUUACCCCUUGGCGGAGCGUGAUGCCAAAUUCCCCGGACCCUUGAACAAGGGCAAGUCCAAGAAGAAAGAAGUUCUUAUAUGGAUCACUGGCAAGAUUGAGGACCUUGAGAAGGCCAACGAAGGUAAUCUUCAUGAGUUCGACAUGCCUGUGCAAGCAAAGAAGCGCGUCGAAGAAAAGGUCGUCCUUUGGAAGAUGGUUAAACUCUUACUUGAGCACGACAAUAAGAUCGACGGCAAUGCUUCUGCAGAGGAUGCUGCUCGAAAGAUUCUUUUACCUAACUUCACACAAUCAGAAGAACUUGCUGAAGACAUCGCUGAUGAAAAAUCAUCCGGACCAUCUACUGAGCCUGUCAAUGCGAAGGCUAUGGCGCAGAUUCGCAGACAUCUUCUCUCGGGUGAUCGUGAGAAGGCCGUUUGGUAUGCAACUGAACAAAAGCUGUGGUCGCAUGCGUUGCUCAUCGCAUCGGUUGCUGGUCCCGAGAUCUGGAAGCAGGUCGUCCAAGAGUAUGUCAGGUCUCAAGUCAAGGAUGCUGGAGAAAACUCUCAAUCACUAGCAGCUCUGUACGAAGUCUUUGCCGGCAACUGGGAAGAGAGUAUCGACGAGCUGGUUCCGCCAUCUGCGCGUGCUGGCUUCCAGAUGAUCAGCAAGUCAGGACCAAGUGCGAAGAAUCCUCUCGAGGGUCUUGAUCAGUGGCGUGAAACAUUGUGUCUCAUUAUCAGCAACAGAAGUAACAACGAUGUUCAAGCAAUCUCGGCUCUGGGCAAACUUCUCUCCAGUUAUGGUCGUAGCGAGGCAGCGCACACUUGCUACCUCUUCGCCAAAGCUUCUGCUCAUCUUGGUGGUGCUGACGAUGAGAAGUCUGACUUUGUGCUGCUCGGCGCCGACCACAAGAACCAGUCUCAAGAGCUUUCCGACUUGGAUGCAAUCCUUCUUACCGAGGUCUACGAGCUUUGUGUGUCUCUCGCACCCACCCCUGGGACUUCACCUACUCUUCACCACCUCCAAGCAUCCAAAUACCAACAUGCUCAGAUACUCACAGAGCAUGGCCUGCGUAGUGAAGCCUUGGCGUACUGUGAUGCGAUUAUGGCUUCCUUCAAGGCGUCUACCCGCCUUUCGCCAUACUACAGCCCUGCACUGUUGAGCAGUGUAGAUGACUUGCACAGGUGCCUUUCGCAAGCACCUCAAGCCAGCGCCUCUGGAGGCUGGAUCCCGAAACCGUCUAUGGACAAGGUAUCUGGCAGUAUGUGGAAGCGCUUCAACACCUUUGUUGCUGGUGACGAUGACAACGAGUCAAAGUCACACGGUCCGACUGGUGGUGAAGGCGCUCCUGCAGGGCCCUUCGGCGGUAUCACUGGUGAGACACCUACAAUCAGCAGAACAGCUUCCACAACAGAC